CCCCGCCGGCCGGGCCCGCCCCACCGCUCGUCCGGCCAGAGUGCCCCUUGCAGCGGCACCGUGCUCCUCCUUCGCCCACCGCUAUGGACAUGUACCCCCGGCACCGGCUGGGGCUGUCCCGCGUGCGGUCCCCUGGGGGCCCCAGCCGCGGGUCGCCCUCCGUCAGCUGUAGCCGACUCCACCAGGUUCAGCGUCUCCUGACCCAGAGCAGCAAGUCUCGGCCGGACGGGAUUCUCUGCAUCUUGGGAAUUGAUAGCAGGUACAAUGAAGGCUGCAAAGAGUUGGCGAAUUAUCUUCUGUUUGGUUUGUACAAUCAGAAUACCAGUGAUUUUGAGAAAACGGGGUUUUCUGAAGAAGUUCUAGAUGAUGUCAUUAUAUUGGUUAAAUCAGAUAGUGUCCAUCUGUACUGUAAUCCUGUAAACUAUUGCUAUCUUUUACCAUAUGUGGCACAUUGGAGAAAUCUGCAUUUCCACUGCAUGACCGAAAAUGAGUAUGAAGAUGAGGAAGCUGCAGAAGAAUUUAAAAUUGCCAGUUUUGUGGACAUGGUUCGAGACUGUAGUAAAAUUGGCAUUCCUUACAGCUCCCAAGGUCAUCUGCAGAUAUUUGAUAUGUUUGUGGUGGAGAAAUGGCCUAUUGUACAGGCCUUUGCACUUGAGGGCAUUGGAGGGGAUGGAUUUUUUACCAUGAAAUACGAGUUGCAGGAUGUGAGUUUGAAUCUAUGGAACAUCUACAGCAAAAUGGAUCCUAUGUCUUUGGAGAGUUUGCUUGCAGAAGAUUUAGUAGCUUUUGAACACCAGUGGACUAACUUCUUCGCCAAUUUUGACACAGAAAUUCCUUUCCUCCUGGAACUUUCUGAAUCUCAGGCGGGUGAGCCAUUCAGAAGUUACUUCAGUCAUGGAAUGAUCUCCAGCCAUAUAACUGAAAACAGCCCCAAUAGGCAGCCAUUUGUUCUCUUUGGUAAUCACUCCACACGAGAAAACCUGAAUGCUGGCAACUUUAACUUCCCUUCAGAAGGGCACCUGGUACGCAGCACUGGCCCCAGUGGGAGCUUUGCCAAACACAUGGUGGCACAGUGUGUCUCACCAAAGGGACCCCUUGCUUGCUCAAGAACAUACUUUUUUGGAGCUACUCACAUUCCUUACUUGGGAAUAAGUGAUGACAACAAGCUGCCCAAGAAAACUGAACAAAUUAGGCUCUUGUCCCAGGUAUAUGCCGCUGUUAUUGAGGCUGUCCUGGCUGGCAUUGCAUGUUACUCUAAAACUUCCAGUCUAACAAAGGCCAAGGAGAUAGCAGAGCAGACCCUGGGAUCCGGGUUAGAUUCCUUUGAGUUGAUGCAGUUUAAGGCAGUCCUACGUUCCAAGACGGCUUUUCAUAUACAUGCUGUGAAUAAUCAGGGAAGAAUUGUGCCUCUGGAUAGUGAAGAUAGCUUAUACUUUGUGAAGACCGCUUGUAUGACCGUUUAUGACAUUCCUGACUUGCUGGGAGGAGGGGGCUGCUUAGGAUCUGUGGUCUUCUCAGAAUCAUUUUUGACAUCUAAGAUCUUGGUUAAAGAAAAGGAUGGCGCUAUUACCACAGACACCAGCUCCAUAGUCCUGACAGCUGCCAUACCCAGAUUCUGCUCCUGGCUGGUGGAAGAUAAUGAAGUUAAAUUGACUGAGAAAACCCAGCAAACGGUGAGGGAGGACGAGUGUUUCCUGGGCACUUUUCUAACAGGAGGAGAAGGAGCAUACCUUUAUUCCAGCAAUCCACAGGCCGGGCCUGAGGAAGGGAAAGUGCAUUUCUUCUCCAGUGGCCUUCUGUUUUCUCACUGUCGUCAUGGAAGUAUCAUCAUUUCCAAGAAUCACAUGAAUUCCAUUUUGUUCUAUGAUGGGGAUUCCACUAGUGUCGUUGCCGCCCUUCUGAUAGACUUCAGAAGUUCAUUGCUGCCUCAUCUCCCAGUUCAUUUCCAUGGAUCAAGCAAUUUCCUGAUGAUUGCCCUUUUCCCCAAAUCAAAGAUAUACCAAGCAUUUUACUCAGAGGUUUUCUCCCCCUGGCAACAGCAGGCUAACUCAGGGCUCUCUUUAAAAGUGAUCCAGGAAGAUGGAUUAUCUGUGGAACAAAAGAGAUUACACUCCAACGCGCAGAAACUUUUCAGCGCCCUGAGCCAUCCUGCUGGGGAGAAAUGGAGUCCUCUAAAGCUACUCUCAGCCAAACUCCCUGAGCUGGACUGGUUUCUCCAGCAUUUCACCCUGGGCAGCAUUAGUUGCGAGCCUGUGAUGAGGACCCAUCUACCUGUCCUGCUGCAGCGAGCUGAGAUCAGCCCCACUCACAGAGUAGAAAAUGACAAGGUAAUUAUCAGCAUUGUAACCGGCCUCCCAGGCUGUCAUGCUAGCGAGCUCUGUGCUUUUCUGGUCACUCUGCAUAAGGAAUAUGGCAGGUGGAUGGUGUACCGCCAACUCAUGGACAGCUCUGAAUGUUUUCAUGCUGCCCACUUCCAGAGAUACCUUUCCAGUGCCCUGGAAGCCCAACAGAACCGCUCUGCCCGUCAGUCAGCCUACACCCGCAAGAAGACUAGACUCCUGGUGGUGUUGCAAGGCUACACAGAUGUUAUUGAUGUUGUCCAGGCCCUGCAGACCCAUCCAGACUCAAACGUCAAGUCCUCCUUCACCAUUGGAGCCAUCACAGUGUGUGUGGAGCCCCUGAGCUGCUAUAUGGAGCACAGAUUUCUCUUUCCUAAGUGUCUUGACCAGUGUUCACAAGGCCUGGUGAGUAACGUAGUGUUCACCAGCCACACCACGGAGCAGAGGCAUCCUCUCCUCAUGCAACUGCAGAGCCUCAUCAGGGCCGCCAAUCCCACCGCAGCCUUCAUUCUUGCAGAAAAUGGGAUUGUCACCAGGAAUGAAGAUAUUGAGCUGAUUCUCUCGGAAAACAGUUUUUCAAGUCCACAGAUGCUACGAUCACGAUAUUUAAUGUACCCUGGCUGGUAUGAAGGUAAAUUUGAUGCUGGAUCAGUCUUUCCACUAAUGGUUCAGAUCUGUGUGUGGUUUGGUCGGCCAUUGGAGAAGACUCGCUUUGUGGCCAAAUGUAAAGCAAUUCAGUCCUCCAUCAAGCCAAGUCCGUUCUCUGGAAACAUCUACCACAUCCUGGGCAAAGUGAAGUUUUCAGACUCUGAGCGGACCAUGGAGGUCUGCCACAACACUCUGACCAAUUCCUUGAGCAUCGUGCCAGUUUUGGAGGGACCCACGCCACCGCCAGACUCCAGGAGCACACCCCAGGACAGCAGCACACAGCAGGAAAACUACCUUGUGUUCAUCGGCUGCUCCCUGAAAGAAGAGAGUGUCAAGGACUGGCUGCAGCAGUCGGCUAAGCAGAAGCCUCAGAGGAAAGCCCUGAAGACCAGGGGGAUGCUGACCCAGCAGGAGAUCAGGAACAUCCACGUGAAGCGCCACCUGGACCCCCUACCUGCAGGCUACUUUUAUAAUGGAACCCAGUUUGUCAACUUCUUUGGAGACAAGAUGGAUUUUCACCCACUCAUGGACCAGUUCAUGAAUGACUACGUGGAAGAAGCCAACCGGGAAAUCGAGAAGUAUAACCGUGAGCUGGAGCAGCAGGAGUAUCACGACCUCUUUGAGCAGAAGCCCUAGAGGAAGCCUGGCUGUGCACAUCCUGCAGAACGUCUGUCCUUCGGACUGACAUAAUGGAGUUUGUUAACCUCAGCUCUCCAGGAGGCCCCUCCCUAGAGGGGCUGCUUUUUUCCUCAUUGGCCCAUGUGUGCUGCUGGCUUGAGUGCAUGUUGUCUUAGUCUCUACACAGUGCUGAAGUGCAUCACCUGGACCACUGAUGGGGGGCGGGGGAAGGUAUGGAGGGUGAGCAGACAGGACUGCCCUGUGUGUGCAACUGGCAGGCCAGGACCUCUGGGUCUCUGAUAACAGUAUCUCCUUUGGGCUAUUGAGGUGCUGUGGGAGGGUAGCAGGAGCAUCAGGGUUGCACAGAGGAGCUGCUAGGACUCCGAAGGAACCAGGACUGCCCAAAUUAUGGCUAUGCCUAAGGGGCCAGGCCACCACAGGCCUCAGCCACUGCCCCAGGAGCACCCUCGUCCCCAGCAGCGCACUUGCCUAGGUCCCUUCCACUGAAGGAGCUGGCCCUGCUCACCCUGGGCCCAGUUCUGGGAUGAGCAGAACAAGCCCUGCCUCAGCCCAGCCCACAGAGCCAGCAGCUUGGGCUGAUGUCAACAGUUUGUUCUCAGAUGAGAUAAUUUCCCUUAUGGAUGAAACUGAGGGGAAAGGCACAUUGCUUUUCAGAAGUGUGUGGUUCUGAGUUGACACAAGUGGUCCCCAUUGUGAUUGGUUUUUAUGCUCCCCUGCGGCAUCACUCCAGUUUCCCUGCUUCAGGGACAACAGCAAACCUGCUGCUCAAGCCUCCCCGGCUAUGCUUUGCCUCAAUGUUGAGGGGAGCAUCCUGCCACUGGGCCCAGGGGUAAUAAGCCCAGGGUCUGAUCCCUUGUAUGGGGCCUGUGAAGGGUAUUCAGUCCCCAGCACCCAGCCCUUUAUCAGCCUUGCCAGGGAAGACCUGGUUUUCAGCCACAAACUUCAGGAACUCAUGUCCUCAAGCAUUGUUGCUGGCCCUGGACUUGUUUGGCUCCUGACGACUGGGAAUUUCAAAGAAUCCAAUACCCAAGUUAGAAUCCCUUCCAAGGGCUGUGCUUUCAGCUGGACCAUAAAGCAGAGGGGAAUUAAAAUGUGUCCCCUGCCUGAUCUCCAGAGUUAAUGGGGGAGGGGGUACAGGUGCUGCUAUUCAGGUGAUGUCUGUAGGGACUUUAGCACUUCAGCUGCCUGGACUGUAAAUGCUUUCUGAAUUUCAAAUUUUUUUUGCAUGCCUUGGGAAGAAGCACAUAGGCAAAACCAGCGAAGAGUUUCUAAUGUAGAGGGGUUUUUCUGAAGGGCCCCUAAUUCCAGGGAGAGAUGGGAUGGAGCACAUGUGGCCUUUGUGCCUGAUCAAACAGAGGCCUGCUUCAAGUAGCAAAGUAUUGUCAGGGCUCGUCAGUAAAAUAUGCUUGUACUGGGGAAAAAAAAAAUUGCUUUUGAAGCCAUAUGAACAAAGCCCCCAGAUUACAUUGACUAAGAAAUCUUGCAUCAAAAAAGACUUCUAAAAAAGUCCCAUGUGCUCCAGCCCCAGCGCCGAAGGCCCAGUGGCAAGGGCCCAGCUGUAGACCCGAAGUCUGGGAGCCCUUCCCUUCUGGCUGGCCAGAGGCUGGGUCCACUGUGGGCCUGCUUCUCCUUGAGAGUCAGUAACUUUUAUGUAGAUCUUAAGUGCAAUUGAUUAAUAAGCAAUGAGUUACUGUAGCUUCCUUUAGCUCUACCGAGCUCUUUUUAAAAACUCAAAGUUGAGCAGCCUUAGAAAAAGUUUGGAGGGGGGUGGGGGAACCAUAGGCCAUUUCCUACAGGUGGGUGUCUGUGAUGUUUUCAAUUAAAGCUCUAGAUCUGGGAGCUCGAGCCAUUUCCUGGCUGCCCUGACCGGCAGUCUGGCUGCUGCACAAACGAGUUUUUAAAGAGGGGUCGGGGCCACCCAUGAGAGUGGGUCUUCCCACCAUGCAGGGCUGUGCUACGUGGUGGUCUCACCUGAUCAUUGCCCAUAGAAAUGCUCUCUCACCAACCUGUCCCACCGUCCCAGAUCCUCUCGUCUUAGAGGGAAAACUGUGAUUACCUCAACUUGAACAUGAAACUGUGAUUGAAAAAAAAAAAACAGUCAAAACGUUAAGAAGUUUCAAAGCCAAAAAAGGCAAAACUGGCUAA